AUGGUGGUGGGGAGCGGGGUGGCAGAGCUCUACUACCAGGAACGAAUCCGCGAAGAACGCUCUCUCAUGUGGCUUCUGGAGCAGUCGCGUCUCUGUUGUUUUGAGAACGAGCCGGUUGAAAAGCCGCACCCGUCCCAGGCGGCCCAGGGGAAGUACGCCCAGAAGCUGCUGCACGACCUGAUGGAGAACUACUCCAACGCCCUGCGGCCGGUGGAGGACACCGACAAGACCCUGAACGUCACCCUGCAGAUCACCCUCUCCCAGAUCAAAGACAUGGAUGAAAGGAACCAGGUGCUGACUGCAUACCUGUGGAUCAGACAGAUCUGGCACGAUGCGUACCUGAAGUGGGACAAAGACGAAUACGAUGGGCUGGAAGUCAUCCGCAUUCCCAGUGACCUGGUCUGGAGGCCAGACAUCGUCCUGUAUAACAAAGCGGAUGACGAAUUCUCGGGCCCGGCGGACACCAACGUGGUCCUGCGCUACAACGGCGAGAUCACCUGGGACUCACCGGCCAUCACCAAGAGCUCGUGCGUGGUGGACGUCUCCUACUUCCCCUUCGACGACCAGCAGUGCAACCUCACCUUCGGCUCCUGGACCUACAACGGCAACCAGGUGGACAUCACCAUGGGCAUGGACAGCGGCGACCUGUCGGACUUCGUGGAGAACGUGGAGUGGGAGUGCCACGGCAUGCCGGCCGCCAAGAACGUCAUCAUGUACGGCUGCUGCUCGGACCCGUACCCGGACAUCACCUACACCCUCCUGCUUAAGCGCCGUUCCUCCUUCUACGUCUUCAACCUGCUGCUGCCCUGCCUCAUGAUCUCCUUCCUGGCCCCGCUCGGCUUCUACCUGCCCGCUGACUCCGGAGAGAAGGUGUCCCUGGGCGUCACCGUGCUGCUGGCCCUCACCGUCUUCCAGCUCAUGGUGGCUGAGAGCAUGCCGCCCUCGGAGAGUGUGCCCAUAAUCGGGAAGUAUUACAUCGCCACGAUGAUCAUGAUCACGGCCUCCACGGCCCUCACCAUCUUCAUCAUGAACAUCCACUUCUGCGGUGCGGAGGCCAAACCCGUCCCCCACUGGGCCAAGGUGCUCAUCAUUGACUACAUGUCCAAGAUCUUCUUCGUCUACGAGGUGGGCGAGAACUGCACCACCCCGCAGAAUGAGAGGAACGCCUUCUACAUGGAUGAGCCACUGGCCAACGGCGACCUGUACAGCGGCCACCACAACCACCAUCACCAUCACCACGACAACGGCCACUACCAUCACCACCAGCACAGCAACGGCGAGAAUAAGGCUGGCGGCCAGAAGAAGUACCACCACAUCAGCCGCAACGACGACGACUACGAGCUGAAUGGCGGCCUGAACGGGGGGCUGAAGGGUGAGCUGUCCUGCCCGGAGAAGCCGGCCCCCUGCUCCCACACCUGCGUCUGCGGCCGCCACCAGAAGCUGGUCCGCAACAUCGAGUACAUCACCAGCUGCUUCCGGGAGCAGCGGGCCAACUGCGUCAAGGGUGCCGAGUGGAAGAAGGUGGCCAAGGUCAUGGACCGCUUCUUCAUGUGGAUCUUCUUCGUCAUGGUCUUCCUCAUGAGCAUCCUGGUCAUCAGUAAAGCCACCUGA